CUGGAUUUGGGGGAGGAGACUGCAUGUUGGGAGGGGCCUAGAGAACUGGAGGCGGCGUGGCGUGGCGAUCCUUUCAGCUCGCAAGGUUGUGCAACUUCACCCGUGGCACCGUCCACACAGCUAUACUCAAAAUAUCGUGUCAUGGAGUCAAUAGAUUUUACACAAACAGGCUUCGCUCUUGGAGCCGGCUCAGAGUCGGCUCAUGGCAAGAACGCAGACGGAAGCAAGCGGCGAGUGCGCCGUGUGCAAGUGGAGCUGACCGAGUUGCAGGAGCAGUUGCAGCGCAAGACGGAGGAGCUCAAACACGCGGAGGAAGAAUCCAUUCGAUUGCGACAAAAACUCAAGCUGCUGGAGACGGUGCUGCCCGUGCGCGAGCAGCAAAUCCGGAUUCUGCAGGGUCAACAACAACAACAACACGACGUGGCAACUGCCCGGCCACCACCGCGGUUGAUGAUUAAGGAGCUCGCGCCCUCUGACAGCGAUGCGUCAUCAAGUAUGGACCUGGCCCUGUCGCCUGUUGACGUCGCGACGCCCUCCGCUUCAGUGGAUGGCCGCCCGCUACUAGAGCCGGCGCCGUCAGACAGUGGGACGUCGGCUAAAUACGACCUGAGCGUCAAAGGCCAUGGUGCCCAACUCUUCCUGGUACCUACGCUGUUCCCGCCCCCGGGCCUGCAAGCAAAAGCACCCGAGGAUGCUGACGGCGUGCUGCAGAGGUUCACAGUGCUGUGGAACAAGACCGUGCGAGAGGCGGCGCUGCUGCUGACAGCGCACGACGCCCGGCCACACGACCCCCGCCCAGCAAUGAAGCUGGCAGCGCUUCGCGACUCGACCAUUCCGGUGUGUCGCGCCAUGCGCAUGGACUACCCCGGGCUGCUGCUGGACGUAUCGCGGCUCAACCUCGAGACUGGGCAGCCCGAGGACCCGCCACGCGACCACUGGGUCGCCGUGGCAUCCGGCCUGAGGCUGUCAGAGCAGCAGAGGGCCGAGUGCCUGGGGGCGCUGCGCCUGUACCGCGAGCGUGUGGGGCCCGCGCUGCAGGAGCGCAAGAGCCUCGCGCAGCAGAUGUCGGCAGCACUGGGCGGCGCGGCAGCGGCUUCCGGCUGCAGCGGGGCAGCCGCCGGCACGUCAGGGACCGCCACGAACGCUGGCGGCGGGGCGGCAGGCUGCGUGCUGCGUCAGGGCCUGCCGGGCUCGGCUCGACCGGAUUUGGUGUUGGAGCUGAACCAGGUGGCGGACUCGCUGCACCGCAACGUCACGGCGGAGGGGCAGGCGCUGGAGAUUGUCAAGGACUUCCUGAGCAACGGCGUGUUCGAUGUGGUCCAGAUGCAUCGCUGCAGCGUGCUGUCGCACCCCUGGUUCCCCGAUGUACUGUCGGUGCUGGGCGCUCUGGAAGAGCUGGACAGGCAGCAGCAGUAGCUGCAGCUGCUGCAGCAUGGGCGGCAGCAUGGGCGGCUGCAACAGGAAAUCGAAAGGACAAAAGCGUAGGAUGCUGUGGGCUGGAGUGAGGGCGACAUGUACAAGUCAUCGCUGCGCCAUCCGGGCGUGAGGCGGCGUUCCCGAGGUCGGCGCCUGCAUGUCGCCAGUCCAGCUGCUGCUUGAUGCUGGAUCUUGGUACCUUCUUGGCCAUCAGUGGUGCGCAGGGUAUGCUGUGCAUGUACCGGCACCUCACACAUCUGGUUCGAUGAAGGCAAAGCACAUGCAUAAGGCUCGGGUGGUCCUCUCUUGUAACACAGCAAUCGUCAGGCUGUGCCCAGCUGUGCUUUUUUUGGCUUGAGCUCACUGCGCGAGGGUUGGGUGCGGCCACGCUGCAAUGUGUGAUAGAGGGCACAGGAUAUGUGUGUGUGACUGGUGCGGGCCGUGGCGCUCUUAUUGUCGAAAUGUCGAGCCACAUCGCAUGUACACUAUGCGGAGCUUGUUUUGCUAGAGAUUACUAGAGGACAGCAAUGCUGGGGGCGCAUGUACUGUUGAGCGUGGACGUGUAUCGAAGGCGGCGGUGCAUGGGGCUGACUGACAGCCGAGUGGGUAGUGGCCUUGUUCUUGGAGGCCCACACCUUUGUUCCGGGGUCUUGAUUGCCAGAUGCGAUCGCUAUGUUAUGCUGCAGAUGUGUGAUAUUGGCCGCUCAUGUUGGGCAGGUGGGUGCGGUAUUGCACUUGACAACGUAGUACCGUAAUGUGGGUGAACAGGCGCGAUGCGGGCCGGGGGAAACAUGCCUCGGUCACAGUGCUGUCGAGGGUCUCGUGGGGCUGCAGUGGCAACUGACAAUGAAGCAGUAACAAUUAUGUUGAACCUUUGGGGUGCCUAACACCUGGCCUGCGCUCCUAUGCCACUGGGGGGACACGUGGCUGGGGUGGCGGUGGUGAUGCUGGUCGUAGUAAUGAUCCUUGGAACGAAUAGGAGAGGCGGUGAGCAGGGGGUAGCACUACUCAGUUCAUAGUACAAGCAAGAGCAGAGGGUGGUGAGAAGCAUAGUCCCGAGUGUGACGGCUAGAAUCCCCGCCCACAAAGCCCACAAGCGGGUCAGGGCAAGAGUCGCAGGGUAAGUUCGGCCCCAGUUUGCUCAUUCGCUGACGCGCAGUCCUCACGCUCCGGGGGCCCGGCCAGGCGACAGCACCACGCUGCCAUUGUGCAACGCCACACCGCGCACAACGCAGAGUGUAAUCAGGCGACCGGCGUCCACGGAUGAGCGCUGACGACGACAACCAACGUAACGCGAGCAGCGUGCAGGCGGUGCAGCAAAGCAAUGGCCGGGCGAGAGUGUGUGUGUGUGUGGGGGGGGGGGGGUAGCACUACCAACGCGUGGGGCUCUACCUGUAAGACUAAGUGACG